CCUAGGCCCCGGCCGCUUCGUCCCGCCGCCGGCCGCAGCGCUGCUCCGGCGCCUCCUUUUGUUUGUCCCUCACUGCACCACUCAGGCUCCUCCGCCCCGGAAGUGACGUCACCGCCGGGCGCGAACGCGGCGGCCAGGGCGUCGCCAUGUUUAUGAGGGGAAUCUGUCUGAGCCUUCACCCGUGCUCACCCCUACGCCAGCGCCCUGUUACUUCGGGGCGGAAGUAGCGGAGCCCGGACUCGGCCCCCUUAAAGGGACAAGAAGUGCUGCAACCUACCGAGUGUACUUGGGGAACAAGAGGUGAAACGGCCCAGGUGGGGGGUCUUCCACCAACCCCUCGAGCCUGAACCCUGCAGUCUGGACUCCCAGAAGUGGUUUCUGUCUCCUCUGCCAAUUCCUCAGCUCGAGGGGACUGUGUAGGAGAAGUCUGCAGUGCCCCAAGGCUCUGGGAGGCAUGUUCAGAACUGCAGCAGCCAUCUCUGUGCGCCUGCUGGGGCCCCUUCAGGGAAGGAAGGCUGGAGCCUCACUCACUCGGUGCUUGCACCAGACUCUCACCAUGGCCAAACAGCUGCAGGCCCGAAGGCUGGACGGGAUCGACCACAACCCCUGGGUGGAGUUCGUCAAACUGGCCAGUGAGCAUGACGUCGUGAACUUGGGCCAGGGCUUCCCUGAUUUCCCACCCCCAGACUUUGCCAUGGAAGCCUUUCAGCACGCAGUGAGCGGAGACUUCAUGCUCAACCAGUACACCAAGGCGUUUGGUUACCCACCACUGACGAAGAUCCUGGCAAGUUUCUUUGGGAAGCUGCUGGGUCAGGAGAUGGACCCGCUCAGGAAUGUGCUGGUGACUGUUGGUGCCUACGGGGCCCUGUUCACAGCCUUCCAGGCACUGGUGGACGAAGGAGACGAGGUCAUCAUCAUCGAACCCUGUUUUGACUGCUACGAGCCCAUGACAUUGAUGGCAGGGGGUCGCCCUGUGUUUGUGCUCCUGAAGCCGAGUCCCAGCCAGAAUGGAGAACUGGGUUCCAGCAGCAACUGGCAGCUGGACCCCACAGAGCUGGCCAGCAAAUUCACAUCACGCACCAAAGCGCUGGUCCUCAACACCCCCAACAACCCCAUGGGCAAGGUGUUCUCCAGGGAAGAGCUGGGGCUAGUGGCCAGCCUGUGCCAGCAGCAUGACGUGGUAUGCAUCACUGAUGAAGUCUACCAGUGGCUGGUCUACGAUGGGCACCAGCACAUCAGCAUUGCCAGCCUCCCUGGCAUGUGGGAACGGACCCUGACCAUUGGCAGCGCCGGCAAGACCUUUAGCGCCACUGGCUGGAAGGUGGGCUGGGUCCUGGGUCCAGAUCAUAUCAUGAAGCACCUGCGGACUGUGCACCAGAACUCCGUCUUCCACUGCCCCACACAGAGCCAGGCCGCAGUAGCCGAGAGCUUUGAGCGGGAGCAGCUGCUCUUCGGCCAACCCAGCAGCUACUUCGUGCAGUUCCCGCAGGCCAUGCAGCGCUGCCGUGACCACAUGAUCCGCAGCAUACAGUCAGUGGGGCUGAAGCCCGUCAUCCCCCAGGGCAGCUACUUCCUCGUCACAGACAUCUCAGACUUCAAGAGGAAGAUGCCUGACCUGCCUGGAGCUGUGGAUGAGCCCUAUGACAGCCGCUUCGUCAAGUGGAUGAUCAAGAACAAGGGCUUGGUGGCCAUCCCAGUCUCCGUCUUCUGUAGUGUGCCACAUAAGAAGCACUUUGACCACUAUAUCCGCUUCUGUUUUGUGAAGGACGAAGCCACGCUCCAGGCCAUGGAUGAGAAGCUGCGGAAGUGGAAGGCGGAGCUCUAGCCCUGAAGUCACGCCCUUGGCCCUCCACAGAGAUGCUCUUUGGGUGUCUGUCCAUGUUUCAGCCAUGUCUAGGUCAGGGAAGACAGUAUUGGGAAACCUCUUUAUGACACAGAAUGUUCUGGGCAGGAGCCGCCUGUCUUCAUCAUAGAGAACCAAGUGCCUCCUGUUUGAGAGGUGAGGGUCGGUCUGACCUGGGCCUUUCCCUGCGCCUCCAUAGGUGGGUUUGUAGGGUCUUGGGUUGCUUCUGGUCUCUCCAGGCUUGGCUGAGUCCGGAGGGCAGAGUCCCACAAUGUAUUGAUCACAUCACAGCCCUGCUAACGCUCAGGCACAACCUCACCUUUUCUGGCUCAUCUUGGCCUUGGAAGCUGCCUUUAGGCUUGAGUCCUCCUUUUCAUCCAUAAUAAAAUGUUUAAGUUAUUCGAAUCCUUA